CAUUCAGGGUGCAUUCAAAAGCGAAACUACCCAUGGUAAUCUUCAGGAGUCGUUGUUGGGAAUUUACAAACUGACCUGUCCUGAUUUGCAGACUUAAACUACAACAACCAUCAUGCAAUGCGCUCAGCCCAAGCUAUCGCGCAUGCGUGCCGAGUUCCGCCUGGCCAAGCAUCGCACAUAUCGAGGAAGGGUCUUCGUUAGGAACAGUGUUGAAUAACAUUUGUUUUUUCUCCCUGCGUUUUUACAAGAACUCGAUACCAUGUCAGGAGACGAGAUGAUAUUUGAUCCCACUAUGACUAAGAAGAAGAAGAAAAAGAAGAAGCCUUUCAUGCUGGAGGAAGAUGGUGGAGAGGGAGAUGAAGGUCCACAACUAGAUAUGAAAGAGACAGAGGCUGACGUGGCGGAGGAGAAAGAGUUAGAUCUUGAUGAAGAUGAGGGGAGGAAGAAAGAAACUUCAGAUGAUUUGGAUGACUUAAACUUCUUUAACCAGAAGAAAAAGAAAAAGAAGUCCAAAAAAGAGAAGAUUUUUGAUGCCGAGCUUGAAGAAGGAAUGAAGGAGCUAAAGAUCGAAACGGAGCCAUCAGAGACACAAGAGGAGGAUGACUUAAUGCUGCCCAUGAGGAAGAAGAAAACAAGAAAAGUCAAAGAUUUUCAAGAGGACACAGACAGUCAAAGCAAAGAUGAUGGUGUCGAAGAUGAAGACAGUAAAAACAUCGAAGACAUCACAUUCAGCACACAGACGGGCCCUGCCUGGGCAGGAUCGGAGAGAGAUUAUACAUAUGAUGAGCUUUUGAAUAGAGUCUUUAACAUCAUGCGGGAAAAAAAUCCAGACAUGGUCGCAGGAGAGAAGAGAAAGUUUGUGAUGAAGCCUCCUCAGGUUGUCAGGGUCGGCACAAAGAAGACCUCCUUCGUAAACUUCACAGACAUCUGCAAACUUUUGCAUCGACAACCAAAACAUCUCUUGGCUUUUUUGCUGGCCGAGUUGGGCACAAGCGGGUCCAUAGAUGGAAACAAUCAGCUCGUCAUCAAAGGCAGAUUCCAGCAGAAACAGAUCGAGAAUGUCUUAAGAAGAUACAUCAAGGAGUAUGUGACGUGCCACACGUGUCGGUCUCCUGACACAAUCUUGCAGAAGGACACGCGUCUGUAUUUCCUGCAGUGUGAGACGUGUCACUCCCGCUGCUCCGUCGCCAGCAUCAAGACCGGAUUCCAGGCCGUGACGGGCAAGAGAGCGCAGCUGCGUGCCAAAGCCAACUAACGCCUGUCCCUCGCCCAUCACACACCCGUGCUCCACCACCAAACUCAGCAAAUCCACUCAUCUGUUCAAGGAGUCUGAAAUUUAGAACGGAGUUCUCGGUCAUCUCAAAUGUAUCAUUUAAUUUCAGCUCCUCAGAGCUCUGAAAUCACCUAUGCACAUGAAGCGAGUGCUGAUUUGUUCGGUCUGGCUGUGGAGCAGAGAGAGCGCAGAGUCUGGAGGAUUUUAUGAAUGAACUGUUGGUGAAAUUUGUUGUUGCUGUAUUACCUUUAGAAAAACAACUGAAAUAAAAUGCAUACCAGCUGGGCAAACACAUGCAGUGUAUGUCUCUGGAAAGACAUUGCUUUACAUUUAGAGUUUUAAUGUGAUUGAGAAAUGAGUGUUAAUUGGUCUGAAAUGUACUGUAUGAUUAUGAAUGAUUGUGAACAGACGCUAAUAUUUCCACCAUGUUUUUCUGUGCUUAAAAAAAAAAGAAAAAAAAAAAAAAGAAUGUUGAUUGAAUAUCUUUUUUUAAGAAAAAUGCAGUAUCCAGUUUAUACUUAUUCCAUUCUUGAAACUAAUUAGUUUGCUCAUUUUCUAGAUUGUUUUUUUUUUUUUUUUUGCAAGUGAGAAAAAUGAUCUUGUCUCAUAAAGUGUGGAUUAAAAAUGAAAUGAAAUGGAAUUGUUGCAAAUUUAGUGAUAAUUAUGUCCUCCAUAUACAAAUAUUUGGGAAAAAGUCAUUUAAAGGCUUUCAAAUCACUGUCAUCCAAAACAAGG